AUGGAAACAGACCCCGACUCCAACGUCUCCGCCCUCCACUCCCAGCCCUCAAGCGACAUGGCAGACGACCAGCUCGACAUUGAGUCCACCCUUCGCUCUUCCCAGCUUAAAAUCAAAGAGCUGAGAAGAGAGCUCGACGCGGUCGACAUUGUCAUCGACAAGUUAGUUACGAGCUAUACUGCCCUAAAUAAGGCGUGGUCUGAAGUUGAUCAGAAGGCGGGUGUGACGAGGGUGCGAGAGUCGAUGGAAAAGGAUGGGGAAGAAGGUGGACAUGAGCAGGAGGGGAGCGAAGAAGGUAGAGAUGAGGCAGAAAGAAAGGAGGAGGGGGAAGACGGAGGCGAUGACGACAAAAAACGCAAAAGAAAAGAUUCCAGUGAAACAGAAGAUCCUACGACUACAAGAAGUAGAAGAAGUUCGAACAGUUCUUCUCCUCCUAUAGACGUGUCGGAAGCUACACUCGAUGCAGUAGCGAGGAUCUUGCCGCUGCCACUACCGCAGUUAGAAGAAGACAGUAAAAAUAAUUUGGAGGAUGGGGAUAUGACUGAAGCUGCCACUGGAGGUGGGGGAGGAGGCAGCAGUACGAGUCAUCAACAACAACAGAAAGGAAAUAGAAAGAAAAUCCACAUGGACAAGAGAGAGGUGAAAAGGGUUAGGACUGUUAGUCCUGAAUCUGGAUCGGGGUCGGGAUUGGGAUCUGGAUCUGAAUUGGGAUCGGUGAUGAAGAGCAUUGAGGGGGAUGAGGUUGAUGGGAGUCAAGAGAGGGAUGGUCAAAGUCUGGACAGCGAGGGGGGAUAUGAACAAGAAGAAUUGCCCGACAAUGGGGGGGAAGUCAACCUUCGAAAGGACUUGCAAGUCAAUGUUGUAUUUCUGGAGCAACAGUUCAAGAGGUAUGAGGAGGAUACAUACAAAAGGUUGGAGAUGUAUAAGGGCGAUAUGAAGAGGAGAGUCGAAACGUUGGAGAACGACAUGAAUGAGAGGGUCGAGAAGCUGGAGAGGGUUGUACACAAGAGCAUCGAGAAGUUGGAGAAUUGGAUGAGUUGGAACGAAUGGGUCGGGGAAACGAUUACUUAUGGGGGAGAUGAUACAGAUGAUGAAGAUGAAGAGGAGGAGGACAGUGAGGAGGACAGUGAGGACGAUGAAGAUACUGAAGAGCACGACGACGACGAUGACGAUGACGAUAACGAUGAUAAUGACGACAACUACAACGGAAACCUACCUUCGCCGCCAGACGAUCACACCCUGACAAAUUCGGCUAACCAUUGA